AUGUUUCACUGCAUCCCCCUGUGGCGGUGUAACCGUCAUGUGGAAACCAUCGAUAAGCGCCACUGCUCCCUGGUCUACGUCCCGGAGGAGAUCUACCGCUACACCCGCAGCCUGGAGGAGCUGCUCCUAGACGCCAACCAACUCCGCGAGCUGCCCGAGCAAUUUUUUCAGCUAGUAAAAUUACGGAAACUUGGACUUAGUGAUAAUGAAAUUCAGCGACUCCCUCCAGAAAUUGCUAACUUCAUGCAGUUGGUAGAGCUGGAUGUGUCUCGAAAUGAUAUUCCUGAAAUUCCAGAAAGCAUCUCAUUCUGCAAAGCACUUCAGAGAGCUGACUUCAGUGGAAAUCCAUUGACGAGGUUACCCGAAAGCUUUCCUGAAUUACAGAAUCUAACAUGUCUUUCCGUAAAUGACAUCUCACUCCAGUCUCUACCUGAAAACAUUGGCAACCUUUAUAACCUGGCUUCACUGGAACUAAGAGAGAAUCUACUUACGUAUUUGCCUGAAUCUCUCACCCAGCUACAGAGACUAAAGGAACUUGAUUUAGGAAACAAUGAGAUCUACAAUUUGCCAGAAACAAUUGGAGCGCUCCUACACCUUGAGGAUCUCUGGUUGGAUGGAAAUCAGCUGGCUGAGUUGCCUCAGGAAAUAGGAAGCUUGAAAAACUUGCUCUGCUUGGAUGUCUCGGAAAAUAAGCUGGAAAGACUUCCCGACGAGAUCAGUGGCCUAGCUUCCAUAACAGAUUUAGUCAUUUCUCAGAAUUUGCUCGACGUUCUUCCUGAUGGUAUAGGAAAGUUAAAGAAACUGUCCAUCUUAAAGGCUGAUCAGAAUAGACUUGUGCAGCUAACAGAAGCAAUUGGAGAAUGCGAAAGCCUCACUGAGCUUGUUCUGACUGAAAACCAACUUCUGACGUUGCCCAAAAGCAUUGGAAAACUUAAGAAGUUGAACAACUUGAAUGCAGACAGAAACAAAUUAGUGUCUUUACCGAAAGAGAUUGGUGGGUGUUGCAGUCUCACUGUGUUCUCUGUGCGUGACAACAGAUUAACCCGAAUACCCUCAGAAGUUUCACAAGCAAGUGAACUUCAUGUCCUAGACGUCGCUGGAAAUAGAUUACUGCAUCUGCCUUUAUCCCUGACUAACUUGAAGUUGAAGGCUUUGUGGCUGUCUGACAACCAAUCCCAGCCCCUGCUUACGUUCCAGACAGACACUGACCAUGAAACAGGAGAAAAGAUUCUAACUUGUGUUUUACUUCCUCAACUGCCUUCUGAACCUACUUGCCAAGAGAACUUGCCCCGCUGUGGGGCACUGGAAAGCUUAGUCAAUGAAAUGUCAGAUGAAACAUGGAACGAACGGGCAGUCAACAGAGUCAGUGCAAUCCGAUUUGUAGAAGACGAAAGAGAUGAAGAAGAUAAUGAAAUGAGAACACUCCUAAGGCGAGCCACUCCACACCCAGGAGAGUUGAAGAGUAUGAAAAAGACAGUGGAGAAUUUACGGAAUGAUAUGAAUGCUGCUAAAGGACUGGAUUCCAACAAAAAUGAGGUCAAUAAUACCUUUGACAGAGUGACCACUUCUGUGUAGAGCUUCACCUCCAAGUUUUUACCUCCUGUGUCUUCCCCUGCUGUUGAAAUGGUCCUGUCUUCCGAGGAAUCUCAUCCAGCCCUUUGUCUUAACCAGAUCCUGACCCAUCAUCUCCUUGUACCGCCUCUUGGAGGGUGCUGCUGUCUCGAAGGAAGUGCCUUAUACUAACUAGUUGUGGCACCAGUAAUCUCCAGAUAAUAUAUUUUUAAUGGAUUUUUGGUCACUUUUAGUGAGUAGAAUACACUACUGUACAACCUCACUUGUCGUUGUCCUAUGUUGGGAGAAGGCGGGAUUUUGAUCCUCUCUCCUACAGUGCUGGGAUAUUUUAGACCCAGGUAUACUCGGACCUACUGAUGAGACCUAUAGUUUUAUGUGAAAAAAAAAAUACUUUUUUAAACAUUUUUUGGCAGCUCAGAUGGUGUAAAUUUUAAAAUUUUGU